AGUCUCAAUCUAUAAAUACACCUUCUCUACUUCCCCAAUUUCAGUACCAAUCUACAUCAUUCAUCACUCUCCACUUUCAAAACACCAACAAAACACCCUUUUCAUCAAACAAACAUUUUUGCAUCAUGGUUAAGACAGAGAUCAACAAGAUCAACAAAGAAAAAUCAAAACCAAUGCAACAAAAAACAUUAACAUCAUCAUCUUCAUCAACAUCAACAAAUGCAUCAAAUGAGAUGAAGAAAAAGUACAAAGGAGUUAGAAUGAGGAGUUGGGGUUCUUGGGUAUCAGAAAUUAGAGCACCAAAUCAGAAAACAAGAAUAUGGUUAGGUUCUUAUUCAACCGCUGAAGCUGCAGCUAGAGCCUAUGAUGCAGCACUUUUAUGUCUUAAAGGUUCAUCAGCUUCAAAUCUUAAUUUCCCUUUAGAGAACUCUUCACAUUUCAUUCCUCAAGACAACAUUGCUAUGUCACCUAAAUCAAUCCAAAGAGUAGCUGCAGCUGCGGCGGCUGCAGAUGCUGCAUCUGCAGCGGCGACAGCUGCUUGUGGUGGUGUUGAUAGUAAAAACAAUGAAAUUGUUAUUAGCACCUCCCCAACAUCUCCACCUAAUCCAAUUUCACCAUCUUCAUUGGUUUCAUCUCCAUCAAUGUCAUGUUCUCCUUCUGAUCAAAUUGAUGAUGAUGUUUCACUUUUUUCAUCUUUUGGGGCCUACACGAAUGAUCAUCAAGCAACAAGUGAAUCAAUGGCUAUGAAUAUGAUGGAUUGUUGGUAUGGUUUUGAUGGGUUAGAAUCUCCACAACAUUUUGAUCAAAUGCUAAAUGGUUCUUUGUUUGAUAUCGAUUCUACUCAAGUACUUGUUGAUGACUGGUAUGAAGAAGGUGACAUUAACUUGUGGAGCUUCUACUAAGAGAAAUUCAAGACAAAAUUAUUCAUAUUCUUUUUUUUCUUCAUAAAUUCAUAUUUGCUUUCAUAGAGUGAUAGUUCUUGAA